AUGAGCGGGGCAGCGCAAGUACUCGAUAUAGUCAUCGUCGGUGCUGGGCUCAGUGGAUUGGCUGCUGCCAUAUCCUGUAGCCUGUCUGGACAUCAUGUCAUAGUUCUGGAAAGCGCAAAAGAGCUUGCAGAGGUUGGUGCCGGGCUGCAGAUAACGCCCAAUGCGUCUCGUCUCUUCAUGCUUUGGGGUGUCAUGGACAAUAUCGAGAAGCUCGCUGCAGAACCGCAAACUCUUACGGUACAUCGCUAUGCGGACGGCAAUGUUCUCGCACACGACGGCCGUUUCAGUGAGAGGAUGCGGCAGCUUUACGGAGCACCAUUCAUUGAUAUGCACCGCGUGGAUGUGCAACGAAUUCUUGCCAAAAGGGCGAAAGAACUAGGCGCCGAAAUCAUGCUCGACACGCGUGUCAAAUCUAUCGACUUCGAUACCGCAGAGGUCACUACUACUACUGGUGCCAAGUAUAGAGGCGAUCUCAUUGUUGCCGCCGACGGUCUCUGGUCGAAAUGCCGGGAAUGCUUUCUUGGAUCGAGGGACCCGCCUCUGCCGACAGGAGAUCUUGCGUAUAGAAUUGUCUUGACGCUCGAUCAAAUCAGCGACCCCGCGCUUCGGCAAUGGAUUUCUAGUCCAACCGUCCAUUUCUGGAUCGGGCCAAACGCGCAUGUAGUAGGUUAUUCUGUGCGCAGCGGAACUAUGUACAACAUAGUGCUUUUGGUGCCGGACGAUUUGCCUGAGGCUGUGUCGAAGCAACCCGGAUCAGUUGAGGAGAUGCGGAAGUUGUUCCAAGGCUGGGAUCCUAUAUUAAACCGGUUCCUCGAGUGUGUCAGUAAAGUAGAUAAGUGGAAGCUUAUGCACAGACCGGAGCUGGAAUCUUGGGUAAACGAGAAAGGCAACUUUGUUCUGAUUGGUGAUUCAUGCCAUCCAAUGCUUCCAUAUCUCGCCCAGGGCGCAAACUCUUCAAUGGAGGAUGGUGCGGUCCUUGGGCUACUGCUUCGACGAACAGCGGCGUCAAUUCAGCUGCCCGCGGUUUUAAAGGUGUUCCAACAGCUACGAAAGUCGCGUGGUGAGGCUAUCGUCAGAGAAACUUUCAAACAGAGACACGACUUUCACAUGGUUGACGGGCCUGAACAAGUUGAGCGAGACAAGCUUUUCUUAUCUCAGUUGGGGAAGGACACAAUCGAAUGCGCUUUUCCAAGCCGCUGGACGUGUCCGACAGUUCAGCCUUUCUUAUAUGGGUACGAUGCGGAGAAGGAGGUCGCUGCUGCCUUGAAGCAGAUGGAGACUGCGUGA